AUGAUCUCUCUGCGCUGGGCACUCGCAGCCAUCCUCGCCGUCAGCUUUGCCGUCUUUGUGACCUUUUUCGGACGCCUGCCCGCGCUGAGGCGGACACCCAUCGGGCUUUUGCAUCGCCUCCUAUGGAUCCACAUACCCAGUGUGCUCCUGGCCGUCGACGACAGGGUCGCGUCGAAGAGGAUAUCAAAGUCAUUCUCCAGAUUCGGCCAUUUCCUGGCGCACGAUCGUCAUCCCACUGUUGUUAUAUUCUUCCUUGUCCUCAUGGCCGGCGGCGAGUACCUCUACAUCCCCCCCGUCUGGCAUCGCCUCAGCCUCCUCACCAAGUCGACCGUCGCCCUCGCCGUCUGCCUCCCCUACCUGUUCCUCUAUCUCUCGUGCGCCGCUGACCCCGGGUACAUCACGCGCGAAAACCACCCGUACCACAUGUCGCUCUACCCCUACGACCACGCCCUCUUCCACCCCGGCGCCGAAUGCACGACCUGCGGCUUCCUCAAGCCCCCGCGCUCCAAGCACUGCAGCGUGUGCAAGCGCUGCGUGGCCAAGGCCGACCACCACUGCAUCUUCAUCAACUCGUGCGUCGGGUACGCCAACCAGCGCUGGUUCAUCAUGCUCCUGGCCUCGACGGCCGUCCUGUGCACCUACGGAGGCGUCCUCGGCGCCUGCUUGCUCUCCGCCCCCAUCAGGGAGCACUUCGUCGACUGGUCGCCCUGGCACCCCGCCAGGCACGGCUGGAGCAUGUACCUCGUCAUCUGGGGCUGGGGCAUGCAAGCAAACAUCGGGCUGGGCGCUACGGCCCUGCUGGCCGGGUUGACGGCCCCCCUGGUCUGGGGCCUUCUGGCGUACACCCUGUACCUUGCGUACUGUGGCACGACCACAAACGAAUCGCUCAAGUGGGCCGUCAUCAGGGACGACAUUGGCGAUGGCUAUGUCUUCCGUCGAAGCAUGUCCCUCGCGAGGCACAGGGACCUGAUCCAGGAGCCUUUGUGCGCACGAUGGCCCGCAACACCAGCGAUGGCUCUGGCCGCCACCAACGAUGGCAAUCCUCCAGCAGCGAGCCUCCGGCUUGCUGGAGACGGCGACUGGGAGCGAGUGUGGAGUUUGAAGCAUGUUGAAAAUCUGUACGACCUGGGACUGUGCGAUAACUUGGCGGACAUCUUUAUCAAGGACUACGCAUUUGGAGCAGCAAUGCAUCAAGAAAAUGCUGCUGCUGCCGCUGAAAGAAGCACUCGAAGCAUCCAUCCAACACCGUUCCAGGAUACGAGUCUGCGCAAUCUUGGGACCGAUGCGGCAAAAACGGAAAAGUUAUAA